AUGUAAUAACAAAGAAUCCACUAAAAAUCAUUGUUUAAGCCUGCUUAGUAUGGUAAUACGUUUAUUGUUGAGAAUCUUGACUCUGAGAAUUACUAAGAAUUUGUCGAUCUUGUAGCAGAAGAGUAUCAUAAGAACGACCCUAUAUCAUUGAUUGUAGGGGCUACUUCAUUCGGAUAUAGAGAAUGUAUUGAAUCUCUUAAAGAGUUCAUAUUAUCCUAAAAUAUGGGCUUUAUUGCAAGAUGUAAGACAACUGGAAGACUUAUUGGCGCUAUCACUGGGGAAGAUUACCAAGCAGAAUAUGAUUUCAAAAAAGAUAAAGCUUUGCAAGUAUAUUUUAGAAGAUUAGAUGAAGGUAAAUCAAUUCUGUAUAGCAAAGGAAUUUUGAAAAAAGAAUGGAAAAUCGUAUUAAUAACUUGGGGUAUCACAAGAAGUACAAACAUGUAAUAAUAUAUAAUGACCAUCUUAUCUCAAAAUAUUAUGCUAAAAGCAAAGUAUUACGGAUUUGAAUAUGGAGUUGCAGAAGUGAAUCACUUUGCAAGUUAUAGAUUAUUUUUGAAUAAUAACUAUAAAAUUUUGUGUAGCAUUGAUUUUCAUGAUAAAUACGAGGAAAUAAAAGAUUAACUUAGUUAAGAAUAGAGAGAUUAUAUAUGGUAAUCUGGUAAAUCUGAUUAUAUAUUCUUUUGUAAACUUGAACCAGCUAUCGCAAAGAGAUACGAAUCACUUCGUGCAAAACUUUGA